GCUUUGUCCCCUUGGUGGUGAGGCCUGUUACACGAGUAUUAGCAGUGGAGACAACUAACAGGAAUCACAUUUUAAAAGCUGUCUCAGAAGAUGAAGUCCAGCAGACCAACAGCUCGGUGGAGCCCGCGGUGCCACCUGGUGUGUGUGCUCGUCGUGAUGGCCUGCUCCGGACCAGCUUUGCCUCUUCAUGCCCCUCCAGUGAGCCCAGGUGUCCGCUCUGCCUUCUCUGCCACCCGAACCCACAGUGUGAUCGGAGGCAAGCAGAAGGAAAUGACCUUCGACAGGCUCAUGGUCAACAUCGGAGGGGAUUUCAAUCCAGACACCGGUCACUUCCGCUGCCGCGUCCCUGGGGCUUACUACUUCUCCUUCUCCGUGGGUAAGUUUCCAAAGAAAAUGCUUUCUGUGAUACUGGUGAAGAACGGCGAGGAGGUGCAGGCUAUGGCGUUCGAUGACUACCGCAAGAAAGGGAGGAAACUUCAAAGCCAAAGUGUCAUGAUCACUUUGAAGGAGAUGGACACCGUGUGGCUGCUGUUACAGCAGAAUCCUCAAUAUGCUUCGUACAGCAAUGCCGGCCCUUACAUCACCUUCUCUGGAUACCUUGUCUUUCCUGAGGUUUUGCCUAACAGCUACGUAAGCAACCACCUGUCCCCACCAGAGCUGUCCCAAUCAGUGCCGUCCCAUCCUAACUGCCCCCCCCGGUCCGACCCCUCGGCCACAGGUCGGAGGUCAGAGCAGCCACGGUCCGCCUUCUCCGUGGCACGGACCUCCACACUCAUGGGUCAGAGCAUCAAGCAGCAGGUGAAGUCACCUCUGACCUUCGACGUGGAGUACGUCAACAUCGGGGGGCAUUUCAACAAAACCUCCGGCCUGUUCACCUGCCACUUCCCAGGCGCUUACUUCUUUGCCUUCACCGUGGGGAAACAUCCUCGCAAGGCCCUUUCCGUGAAGCUGAUGACGGGGAAGGGCGAGGUGCAGGCGAUGGUGUUCGACGAGGACACAUCGAAAAGGAGGGAGAUGCAAAGUCAGAGCUUGCUGCUGUCUCUCCGGCGGGGCGACAGCGUGUGGCUGUACAGCCAGCAGGACGAGCGCUAUGCUGUGUACAGCAACCAGGGGAGGUACACCACCUUUUCUGGCUUCCUGGUUUAUCUUGAAGCAGAAACACUCCCACCUGCCACCACUCAAGACAGAACCCCCCUCUGAGUGUCUCACUCCUUUGUGACACAUUCAUACUUUUCACAUUGUAGAAAACCUGCAGAGCAAUUUUUGUCUUAUCCU